CUUGGUUGCGUUUGCGUUAAACUUUGUCUAGACUCUCUCAUCGAUUGCUUUUUAGAAAACCAAGUAUAAGGAAAAUACUUGUUCCGGGUUUAGUUUCCGCACUAGUAAUGUAUUUCGAAGUAAAAUAGUCGCGAAUAAACCCAUCGUCCAUGUUUCUUGGCCGAUUUGCGAAUAAGUACAGUCGGCGAUUCUCACCUUUGCACAGGCAAAUCAGCCUAGCCGCAAAAUCAUCGAGCAACGGCAGCCAUCUUUGCUGGCUCCGAAACGGGCUGUGGUUUGUGACAGAGAGACGGUAGUGGUUUUUCAUGCGGUUCACGCGACCAUACCGUCGCCUAUGCACUCUACGAAAAUUCGGGAAUCGUUUUUAAGUGUGGCGAACAAGGAGAAGUAAGAAACUCGUGUCACGAAUCCGGGCUACCAAAAUAUGGCAAUGGAGACGCCGAGGGAGCGUGAGAUUGCCGCGGAGGACAGUAUCAAGGUAGUCUGUAGGUUUCGACCUUUAAACGACUCCGAGGAAAAGGCUGGCUCUAAGUUUAUCGUCAAAUUCCCUUCCGGCGGCGAAGAAAAUUGCAUCUCGAUCGGGGGAAAAGUAUAUCUUUUUGACAAAGUAUUUAAACCAAAUGCUACUCAAGACAAAGUAUACAAUGAAGCAGCUAGAUCAAUUGUCACAGAUGUGUUGGCAGGGUACAAUGGCACUAUUUUUGCAUAUGGUCAAACAUCUUCAGGAAAAACGCACACAAUGGAAGGAGUUAUCGGAGAUAAAAAUAAACAGGGUAUUAUUCCCAGGAUUGUUAAUGACAUUUUCAAUCACAUCUAUGCCAUGGAAGAAAAUUUGGAAUUUCACAUCAAGGUAUCAUAUUUUGAAAUUUAUAUGGAUAAAAUCAGGGAUCUCCUUGAUGUGUCUAAGGUAAAUUUAAGUGUACACGAAGAUAAGAAUCGGGUUCCAUUUGUAAAAGGUGCAACAGAACGCUUUGUAUCUAGUCCUGAAGAAGUGUUUGAAGUUAUAGAGGAAGGAAAAUCGAAUAGGCAUAUUGCUGUAACUAAUAUGAACGAACACAGUUCGCGUUCUCAUUCUGUAUUCUUAAUAAACGUGAAACAAGAAAACUUGGAAAAUCAGAAGAAGCUUUCUGGAAAAUUAUAUCUCGUUGAUUUGGCUGGUUCGGAGAAGGUUUCUAAAACAGGAGCAGAAGGCACUGUGUUGGACGAAGCAAAGAAUAUUAAUAAAUCGUUAUCAGCGCUUGGAAAUGUAAUUUCAGCUUUAGCCGACGGAAAUAAAACUCACAUUCCUUAUCGUGAUUCUAAGUUAACUCGAAUUUUACAAGAAUCUCUUGGUGGAAAUGCUAGAACUACGAUUAUUAUUUGUUGUUCGCCAGCUAGUUUUAACGAGUCGGAAACAAAAUCAACCUUGGACUUUGGUAAACGUGCUAAGACUAUCAAGAAUGUUGUUUGCGUCAAUGAGGAAUUGACGGCCGAAGAAUGGAAAUCUCGCUAUGAGAGAGAAAAAGAAAAGGCAGCUAGGUUGAAAGGAAAAGUUGAGAAAUUGGAGGCUGAAUUAUCACGCUGGCGACAGGGUGAAACAGUUAUUCCAGAGGAGCAAGUUAAUUUGGUUGAAGUGCCAGAUGUUGUAACGCCAAUCAAUAUAUCCAUUGAAGGUAAACUUGACGAUGGUCCGAUGCCAGCUACUCCCGGUGGUAGUCUGAUGGCUGGUUCCUUAUCCAACGAGGAGAGGCAAAAACUAGAAGAGGAACGCGAAAGACUUUAUCAACAAUUGGAUGACAAGGAUGAGGAGAUUAACCAACAAUCGCAAUACGUUGAAAAGUUAAAAGAACAAAUGGAAGAACAGGAGGAAUUAAUUGCCAGUGCAAGACGGGAUUAUGAACAUCUUCAUAAAGAAAUGCUCCGAAUACAGCAAGAAAAUGAAUGUGCUAAGGAAGAAGUCAAAGAAGUUCUGCAAGCGCUGGAAGAACUAGCAGUUAACUAUGACCAAAAAUCUCAAGAGAUUGAAGUGAAAAAUAAAGAACAUGAAGCUUUAGCAGAGGAACUUGUAGCAAAACAAACAACACUGAACAUCACUACUUCCGAAUUACAACAAUUACGAGACAUGUCCGCCCAUCAGAGAAAACGGAUUGCAGAAAUGUUAGCAAACUUCUUGAAAGAUUUGGCUGAAAUUGGAGUUGCUAUUGGCGGCGAUGAAAAUCUGAAGGUUACGCCGGAAAGCAAUGGUAAACUCGAAGAAGAAUUCACAGUAGCAAGACUCUUCAUUAGCAAAAUGAAAUCAGAGGUGAAGAAUUUAGUGCAGCGUUGCCAAGGAUUAGAAAGUUUCCAAGUAGACUGUAACAAGAAAGUUGCCGAAUAUGAAAAAGACUUGGCCGAUUGUCGUUUACUGAUAUCGCAACACGAAGCUCGUACGCAGACAUUGAUAGAAUCAAUGAAAGUAGCGGAGGCACGGAAACGUGCGUUGGAAGAGGAUGUCGAUGCUUUGCACGAAUAUUGCGCUAAGCUGAAAGCUGCGGAGCAAGUACAAGCUGUUACGAAUAAAGAAAAAGCAGAGGAAAAGGAGGCGGCAACAAAGAUGAGAGUGGCACUGGAAGAACAAAUGGAUCAAUUACGGGACGCUCAUCAGAAACAGGUCGCUGCACUCAGGGACGAAUUAUCUGAAAAGCAAGAUUUAAUCAACGAACUCAAACAUUUGAAUCAGAAAUUCAUGUUAGCACACCAACAAAUGCAAGCCGAUUACGAACGACUGAAUCAAGAAGAAGCCAAUAAGUCCAUUAAACUGCAAGAGCUAAUAUUGCUUAACGAACGUCGGGAACAAGCUCGAAAGGAUCUCAAAGGUUUAGAGGAAACAGUAGCCAAAGAACUUCAAACGUUGCACAAUCUGCGUAAAUUAUUCGUUCAGGAUCUUCAAACUAGAAUAAAGAAAACUAUGAACGCAGAAGAUAAUGAAGAUGACGGUGGAUCGCUUACGCAGAAGCAAAAGAUUUCGUUCCUGGAAAAUAAUUUAGAUCAGCUUACUAAGGUUCACAAGCAACUCGUGAGGGAUAACGCUGAUCUUCGUUGCGAGUUACCCAAGCUUGAGAAGAGAUUGCGGGCUACAAUGGAGCGUGUGAAAGCUCUCGAGACAGCAUUGCGAGAUGCGAAAGAAGGUGCGAUGCGGGAUCGUAAACGCUAUCAGUUCGAGGUAGAUAGAAUCAAGGAAGCUGUGAGACAGAAGAGUCUGGCCCGUCGCGGACCUAGUGCACAGAUUGCUAAGCCAAUUAGAGCUGGUCAGCACCACAUAACUAAUGUUAGCGUUAUUAGAACAGGAAAUCGUGCAAAAGAAUGCAAGAACAAAUUCUGCAAUGAAAUGAAAAGAUUUUCAGAGACUCAAAUAAAUGUUACAAUUAUAAUAGUAAGGGCAAUAGACGUAAUAUAUCCGCAAGGAGCACCGCCAGUUCUUUUUAUUUGUCUCGAUACAAGCAUGUGCUUAGUUAUAUUCAAAUAAGUCCAUUAAGUUAUGAAGUUAGCGCUGCAUGUCCUAUCGACUUGUAAAUAAUUAAUUUUUAUAAAUUAUUUAAUUUAAUAUCAUGCACGAUAAAUAAUGGUGAAUGUCUAUCAAAUAAUCCACGCGAAGGCCUCUUGUAGAAAAUAUUACAAUUGUUUCUAUUCGAAUUUUCUACUAUUGUAUCCUAUUUAAAAUAUUUGACCAUCUCUAAAAAGGCACAUUGAUUCCACUUAUCGCAAGAUAACGAAUAAACUUUUCGGUUUUACUCUAAUAUAAUUUGACCUACUUGUCCGCAGUCGUUUAAUCGAAUCUGCUACGGACAUGAAAAUUUGUGAACAAACGAGGCAGUACUAUUUAAGAUUUGGUAGGUAUCGCUAAUGUAAGAUGCGAUUGGACAUGCGGCCUGGAGAAAAUUGUAGAAAUGAUCGUGGCUUAUAAGUAUUUAUAAUUAUAAGAAUUCUCUCCAUUGCUAUUAACAAAGUCGCGACGACAGAUAACUCCCAGACCUUCCUAGAAGGCUCGCUUAACCGUGAGUUAAGUUUGUUGGCUUUUCUAUCUAUUAUUAAGGUCCAAGAACCAAUGGCGUUACGAGAGAAUGUUUUCGACAGAACAAUUUCAUCCCAACUUUCAUUCAUGUUUACUUUAUUAAUUAUAGUCCAGUUUUUCAGUGCAUCGAUCUUUAUAUAAUCAUCUAAUUUAAAUUAAUUUAUUAUCGCUUAUUCUUGUUUAUAUCAGAGGCUUUUAUACUACAAUUUAAAGCUCGCAGCCCAACGAAAUUGGUCUGUAGAAAAGUCUUUUUGUCGUAGGUAAACAAAUUUAGUUUACGUUUCUUCGUUAUUGAGCGUUGUGCUCAGAAGUUACCUAAAUGUAUACUGUACGUCUAAUUGUGAGCUAUUGCACAGGUCUGCUUAAGUUCCUAAAACCUGUUGCGGGCCACCGAUGAUAUUCGCUCACAAUACAUAUUUCUUUGAGUACAUCGUACACACAAGUGCAUUUGUUUUUAAUAAACUCUGUUCUCUAUCCAUAUUUCUCGAUAAUUAAUGCUUUUUCAAUAUGUACUUUUUACAUACUUUUUGUAAUUACUGUACUUAUGGUUCUCAUAGAAAUUUGCGAGCCACGCGUAUUUGAUGUAUUGAUCUAGAGCAGGUGAAUUCUAAACGUUUAUUAAUCUAAGGCAAAUGUUUCUGUAAGCUGUGCGCAACAAAAUACCUGUUCAUUUUGCGAUAUACCGGAAUCUUGUUACGCUCAGACAUUUUAUGGUAUUUAGGAAACAAAAAUUUACGUUUUCUCGAUGAAUCAUUCUUUUUCUUUAUGAAUAACGACCGAAAGAAAUCAUGUUCCCGCGUGACAUCGUUUAUUGUCAUUUUCCGUUUUAUUAACUUUUUGUGAUAUCGAGGGUGAAAUUGUGUUUGCUAAUAUGCAAAGACAAGUGCGUGGUGCAUAAUGAAUGCAAUUAUUACUGAAAUAUUCUUGUCAAAUGUAUGUAAAUAUAACCGUACCCCAUUACAUUAGUUUGGCAAAUCAACAAAACAAUCUACGCAAAAUGCUCUACUCGUAAAAGGCUACAUAUAUGUAUUUAUCGCAAAAUACACGUAAUAUUAACGUUUUAAUGCCUUAAUGAUCUUUAAAAUAUUGUCAUACAAUAAUGUAUUUUUCAUUCUACUGUGCAAAUAAGGUAAUAACGUGUCUGCUGAAUUUUGGAUCAUGGUUCAACAAAUUCUUUUUUUUUUGUCAACCUACUGAAUCGUGAAGUAAAAUAUCAGCAUAGCCAAUUCUUUGAUUGUGAGUUUACGGGCAUCGGCCAUUCUUUCUUAUGAAAUAUUUAUUUUUAUAGAGUAUUAUCAAGGCAUUAUUGACUCUUUCAAUGUGGAUAAACAAGCAAAGUUUAAGAUACUUAUCGACCAUAUAAUAUAUUUGUCUUAUGAUUAAAAUAUAGUAAAAACGAUGACAGUUAUUCAAAUAAAUCAGUCCACAGCGUAUUACGUAUUAACAUAAAUCUAAAUUACUUAUAUUUUCUUCGACUGACGUAUCUGUUCGUUUUGUUUUCGUGAUUUCCAUCAUUCGAUUCUGUGAUUUAAAGAGACGGAACAGAGCUUGAUAUAAUUUGAUAAAUUUUAAUGUAUUGAAAAUUUCUCGAAAACUCAAAACGUUCAUUGAGAAAGUCCUUUUAAUCGGAAAUUUCCGAUAUAUACAUGAAAAAAAAAAAAAAAAAGAACAGUAAGAA